AUGGAGAAAGAAGGCGAGGAUGAAGAGGUGUUCGAAAUUGAUGACUUUACUGUAAUUACGGAGCUUGAGCGUUUUGGAGUAUCUAUCGAAGCAUUGGUUCAGGAAUGGGGUCUUAUUGGUGCAAGGCCUCGAAAGAAGUACCCCAAAGGAGCGCUGAGGACUUGCUCAUGGUUGUCAAAAUCUUCAGUUGUCAAUUUUGGUGAAUCAAACAAAUUGAAAGUUGCUUACUACUAUCCAGAUUUGCCCAACGAAACCGCUGAGGAGCUUCCUUCUGGUGAAAAUGAUGCACACAUCGCAUCAUUCGGCUUUGAUAUGUCUAAUAUGGAGACCGAUUUUGUGCAUAACAGCAACAUAACCACUAUGUAUGGCGUGUCUGAGUACAUCCUUGUCUCACCAGAUGAUCAAGUGGAUGAUGCUAUUAUGACAGAGGACCAGAAAAACCUUGUUAUCAGCGCAUUUCGAGUCGCUCAGCACAGUGGAUCUCAUCUUCGGCGGGCGCAGCUACGGCAUCAUCACCUGAGCGGCCUGCUGGAGUUGUUCAAGGAGCAUGUUAAAUGUCCCAUUUCGCUGCUGGAUGCAAAUGAUAUUCGUGUAUCUGUGCAGUUCGAUUAUAACGUGAAG